UAGGUGGAAGGAGGAAAUCACAGUAAGGUCGUCUGGGGACAGCUAAAACAGACUGACCAUUUAAGUUCAAGUCAACCUUUGGCGAAGUGAUGUCCGACCUCGGUUGUUCGUGGUGAGUUCACGGGCACUAGCUUACAGCGGGAACAUGGCUUUGUUGCGUUCAAAGUCUGCGCUGUUGUGGUUCCUGAUUGUUGUGGCAGCCCAUAUAGCUGAAACAGGAGGGAGACCGAGGCGCCAGGUGUUGCUGACCGAAGGUGACAGCACGGUGAGUUUGAGAUCUCGGCAACCUCCCGCCGGGCCGGAGCCCGGUGACCCGGCGGACGCGUUCAAAGUACCAACUCUGGAUGGGGAGUUUUCCUUCCAGCCCGACGCUUUGCGGGGACCUCUGGUGAUCCACGCCUUCACCAACAACUCAGGGUUUCUGGAGUGCCUUUGGAGCUCAGAGUCUUCACUAAAAAGUCUCGUGGAGGAACUUCCGAACAGCACACAGGUGCUCUUCCUGUCCCUGGACGACUCUGUGGUCAAUGAUGUUCUCUGGAUGCGGGAGCAGGUGCAGCGAGUCGCCGCCCACAGUAAAAAGGAGGUUCUGUCCAGGCUGCACUUCUCUCCAGUGCCCGUCUUCGCUCUGGGUAACUGGAUCCCCAGAGUGCUUUACUACUGGAGCUGCAUGGGACACAACUGUGGUCUUUCCCAGGCUGCUUUCAUCUCAGAGGAGUGGAAGAUGCCUGUGAUCAUUAAAAGACUAGAUGCCAGAUAUGACUGGCUCAUGGCACGCUGGGGCUCAAAGUCCUAUACAGUGAUUGACGCAGGAGAUGGGUGUGAAACCUCCCCCUCGGUGGCGGGUGCUGUGGCCUGGGUGUCUGAAGGCAACUGUUCUUUCUUCACUAAGGUUCAGAGCAUGGCCAAAUCCAAUGCCUCCGGUGUCCUUGUCUAUGCCCUCCCUGGUAAUCCACUCCAGGAUAUGAACUGUGUCGGGGAUGAGUGUUUCUCGCUGCUCAGCAUCCCAGCUGCCAUGGUGCAUCAGGACCCUGCGGUCACUCAGACGCUCAGGUUUGGAAAGCUGGUCAAUGUGUCCUUCCAGAACACCCCGUCCCCGAAUUUCUUCAUCGGCAUUGACAAACAGGGGUUGCUGGCUGAGAUGGGCUGGUUUCUCUACCCCACAUUCAGCUUUGUUAACUGGCAGGCCCAGUGGUUUGAUUUCUUUGCUGAUCUGCAGACUAAACUCCAGAAUCCUGCAAAAGUUGUUUCUGUCUUUGAUAAAGUCCAAAUGCAAGGGGACAAAGGGGCGGUGGCCACAGUCGACCUGUCUAUAGACUUGUUGGACUUUGAGAAGUUGGAGCUUGAUGCAUCGCUGUCGUGUCCAGGCAAGAGAGACUCGUCGUGCGCUCAAUGGGAUCACACUGUGCAGCUUUUUGUCUGCUGCGAUCACACGAGUCCGUACUGCAACAUGGAGCUGGGUCGAUGGAUCACUGCCUUCCGCAGAGGUAUCGGGCGCUGGCUGACGGACGUGUCCCCUCUGAUCCCCCUGCUGGACAGCAAUAAAUGCACCUUCACUAUGAAGACGGUGCCUUGGGCGAUGCCUUGGAUUGUUUCCCUCAAUCUGAGGUUCAGUGGCACCAAUCAGACAGGAAACUUUGGGGAGCGCCUUCGUCCCUUUAAAGUGAUGUCACUGUACGAUGGAGGAACCUUUGACAAAAACUACAACAAGAGGUACCAGCCAAUCAAAUUCACUGUCCCAGCGUCCACCAAAAAGGUGGAGCUGUACGCUGUCAUCACAGGACACGGCAGCGACGAGAACGGCUGCGGAGAAUUUUGUGUCACCUCCCACCAUUUCGUGAUCAACGCUGCUCAUAACAACACCCACGUAUUUGAUUCUGCAGGAACGGCUCUGGGCUGUGCGAUGCGUGUCAAAGAGGGCGCUGUACCGAACGAACACGGCACGUGGCUGUACGGCCGAGGAGGCUGGUGUGAUGGACUACAGGUGAAUCCCUGGAGGGUUGAUGUCACCAAACAGCUCAACAUGAACAGGUCUGAAUCCAACACUGUCGUCUACUUCGGCUUGUUCAACGGACGGGAUCCAAACCCAGCCCAGCAGCCGGGAUACAUCAUCAUGACUUCUUCCCUCGUCUUCUACAAGUGAUCCUGCUCUUUUUAAAAACUCUCCUGUGAAUUUCGAUCUGAAUGAAUGUACAAUCAGUUUAAUGAUUAAACUGUUUUUUACAAAUUUU